UGUGGGAUUUAAAUGUCCAGAUGCGGUCUGUUUCCCGGGCAGCUCUACAGCCAUGGAUUCAUUCCAGAAGGUUGAGAAGAUCGGAGAGGGCACCUAUGGGGUGGUCUAUAAGGCCAAGAACAAAGAGACUGGGCAGCUUGUGGCCCUCAAGAAGAUCAGGCUGGAUGCGGAGACUGAAGGGGUUCCCAGCACCGCCAUCAGGGAGAUCUCCCUGCUCAAAGAACUGAAGCACCCCAAUAUCGUCCAACUGCUGGAUGUGGCUCACAGGGAGAAGAAGCUCUACCUGGUGUUCGAGCUCCUCACUCAGGACCUGAAGAAGUACAUGGACUCCACCCCCACCUCACAGCUGCCCCUGCACGUAGUCAAGAGCUACCUCUCCCAGCUGCUGCAAGGCCUGAAUUUCUGCCACUGCCAUCGUGUCAUCCACCGAGAUCUGAAGCCUCAGAACCUGCUCAUCGAUGAGUUUGGAGCCAUCAAGCUGGCCGACUUUGGACUGGCUCGAGCCUUCGGGGUCCCCAUGCGCACCUACACCCACGAGGUGGUGACACUGUGGUACCGUGCUCCUGAGAUCCUCUUGGGCAGCAAAUUUUAUUCAACCGCUGUGGAUGUCUGGAGCACUGGGUGCAUCUUUGCAGAAAUGGUGACCGGCAAACCUCUGUUUCCGGGUGACUCGGAGAUUGACCAGCUCUUUCGAAUCUUUCGUACCCUGGGGACCCCCAGUGAAGCUAUAUGGCCAGGAGUCUCCCGGAUGCCCGAUUUUCAGAGCAGCUUUCCCAGAUGGACCAGGAAGGGGCUGGAGGAGAUCGUGCCUAGUCUGGGACCCGAAGGCAAGGACCUGCUGCUGCACUUCCUGCAGUAUGACCCCAGCCAGCGGAUCUCAGCCAAGACGGCCCUGGCCCAUCCCUACUUCUCUGCCGAGCACUCCCUAGCAACCCGCCACCGCCGCCGUUGCCUGGAGCAUUUCUAAAACUGAGACCAUGUCUGUGGGGCCCACCGCCUCGUGCCCUCUGCAGCCAACUCCCACCCAUUCCCAAUAGAGCAUGUCUGGGGAGAGAAUACACCUCUGUGGAAUUUUACAUCGGUCAUCAGAAGACUAGGCUUGGCACUGGACAUGGGGGGGGUUGGCUGUUAACUAGCACUGCUCCCCCCCCACCCUUCCCCUUCACUGGUGUAAGCUGCAGAUGCGGGCUCGACGACAGGACGCCCUCUGCAGGCCUUGAUUUUUGUUUCAGCUGU